AUGAGGUAUUGGGGUCGCGGCAGUGACAGUAAAAAAGAAGCGAAAACAGAGAUGAGAUUUAUCACUAUCACACUCGCAGUUUUAGUUGCUUCAAUUUUCUUUUUGUCAUUGGCUAGUAUUGGUGUUGAAGCCUUUUGCAAAGGUACAUCCAAUCGUCAUGGCAUUAUCCCAGAAACACCAAUGUUGGUCAGCAAGACAGCCAAUGGUAAGCUUUUCCUUGCUGGCUCACAAGAGACUGGCAUUCCUGUGGUCCAUUUGUAUGGUACCCCAUAUCAAAUGGGUCUAGCUCAUGGUACACUCUUAAAAGACAAGAUUCAAUUUGCAUACAAGGAAUAUAUUGCCUAUUUUGUUGCUGGUGCUGAAUCACUCCCACUCCCAGAAUGGCAAAAGAUCCUCAUCAAGUUUGGAGGUAUCAACACUGUAUUGGAUGGUGUCGUCAACAAGAUGAAACCACAUAUUCCACAACACUAUUUGGAUGAAAUGAAAGGUUUGGCUGAUGGAAGUGGUAUUACUGAACAAGAAGUUCUUAGAUUCCAUAUGAUUCCAGAAUUAAUUAGAGCUAGUUGUUCAAUGAUGGGAGCUUGGAAUGAUGCUUCACCAAGUGGAGGUUUGGUUCAAUUACGUGCUUUGGAUUGGGACUAUCAAUCUCCAUUGACUCUUGUUCCAGCCAUUUUUGUGUACCAUCCAACCGAGGGAGGUCACGAAUUUACUACCGUCUCUUGGGCCGGUUUCAUUGGAUCUUUGACUGGAUACAGUGGACAUAUGGGUGUCUCUGAAAAGGUUUGGAGCAACUACAACGGUACCUUUAGCGAGGCUGGUACUCCAUUCUAUUUCGUCAUGAGAGAUAUCCUCCAAUUCGAUAUUACCAUCGACGAGGCUAUCAAUAGAAUCCAAUACACUCAAAGAACCUGUGCCGUCUACAUGGGUAUCGGUGCCAACAUUACCAACCAAUUUGUUGCCGUCGAAUAUUCUCACGACUAUGUCCAAGUCUUUGAUGAUAUCACUCCAUUCCCAAUUUACUCACCACAAUAUGCUCCACAUGAAUUAUUUGAAGGAGUUGUAUAUAUUGAUCCAGAUUAUGCUUCGGCACAAACUCAAUGCUUUACCAAGCAAAUUAAGAAAUACUAUGGUUAUAUUACCUCGACUACCAUCCAACAAAUGACAUCGGUCAUGCAAACUGGUAACCUCCACGCUGCCAUUUAUGACUAUCAAAAUAAUAUUUUAACCGUUGGAUAUGCCAGUCCCAACGUUACAUGGCCACUUACUGUUAAUCCAAUUCCAGCAUACGCAAGAGGUAUGAUUGAAUUGGAUGUCACUGCUCUUUUCAAUGAACAAUACUAA